GGAAUCCGGCAGAGAGAGCGAGGCGAGCUCAGUGUGAAUCUGAAAGAGCAAGCUGCUGCUACUGGGUUUAACGGGCCGUGGAGUUCUGAGGAGUCCGAAACACUCCAAUCUUUCCUAAACGUCGCGACAGGAACACGUUGGUUGUUGUGAUAACGUCUUCGGCUGUGUGGGGAUAUUCGUGGGCCUCUAACAUGGAGUCCUGGAAGGAGCUACUUUUCCUGGGCCUUUUGUGCACGCUGGGGGAAAGUUGUGGACCUGGCUACCAGGCAAAAGACGGCCGUUGUGUUGACGAGGAUGAAUGCGCGGACCAACUAUGCGGCAACAACACAAACUGCAUCAACACAAUCGGAAACUUCACCUGCCAAUGCAAUCAAGGCUACAGAGAAAAGGAGGGACAUGUUAACUUCACGAUAGAAGGCCAGUGCCUAGAUAUCAACGAGUGCACAGAGAGUGACGAUACAUGCGGCCCUCAUGCCAACUGCUCCAACACCUUGGGGAGCUUCAAAUGCUGCUGCCUCUCGGGGUACACGCAAGACCCCCACGGCUGCACAGACAUUGAUGAAUGCAAGGAAGCGUCUGAUAAGCAACAGGACCUCUGUGGACUUAACGGGACCUGUGCAAACAGCAACGGGAGUUACUGGUGCAUGUGCUCUAAAGGAUUCACCAAUUAUGGCAACGAAAGGACAACAUGCUCAAAGCUCGACUGCGACAACUUCAAAGGAAACGGCAUUCGUGUCCCGUCACUCUCGGGAGGCUUGGCCGACUUGUUGUCCAUGAUGAGAAACAGCUGCCUGGCUCUGUCCGACCCGAGCGGAGAGAAGGGUGACGGAGAGGUGCUGCUGAAGAGAAUCUUCUCCGCGACGGAGGCCGUCCUGUCCCCCGGUCACAUGGCCAGGAGAGAUGUUGGCGGAUUGCUCGGAGCCGUGGAGCACGCCAUCAUGCUCAUCGGGCCGCAGCUCAGCGAGGGCCGCACUAAGACAGAGUCCACGGAGAUAGACGCAGAUAUUGCAGUGCAGAGGGGAAAGACCCCCCCCACCGGACCAAUCCAUCUGACCAAUGAGAACGCUACACUUGACACUGACUGGACGACGGCAGCUGGGACGGGAUCCUACCCUGGUUUUGCACUGGCUGCAUUGUUGAGCUACAAGAACCUUGAGAUAUCCGAUAACCGCUCCUUCAGCAAUCUCACAGGUCUUGAAAAGGAUGGUGCCAGUCCGUCCUUUCGGGUCUCCUCGACAAUUGUUUCUGUCGUGGUCUCUAAUCCGUCCACUCAGAACCUGAGCCGCUCCGUCAACAUCACCCUCCGACAUCUACAGGACAAAACAGAGUCGGACAGACUGAGCUACAUCUGUGCGUACUGGAAGGAGAGCGGGACCUGGUCCACAGAUGGUUGCUAUCAACUCACCUCCAAUGCAACACACUCGGUGUGUGCGUGCACCCAUCUGAGCAGCUUCGCUGUGCUCAUGGCACUCUACGACAUAAAGCACACCUUUGGGCUCCAGGUGGUGACCAAGAUAGGGCUGGCCAUCUCCCUGCUGUGCCUCGCGCUCUGCAUCCUGACGUUCAGGUUCUGCCGCUCCAUCCAAGGAACCCGCACCACCAUCCACCUGCACCUCUGCAUCUGCCUCUUCGUGGCUGACCUCGUCUUUCUGGCUGGCGUCUCACAAACUAAACCCGUGGGCGGCUGCAGGUUCGUUGCGGCGAUGCUCCACUACUUCUUCUUGGGAGUGUUCAGCUGGAUGCUGCUGGAAGGGGUGCAGCUCUACCGUAUGGUGGUGCUGGUGUUCAAUGCCACCAUGCGGCCCCUCUACUUAUUCCUCAUCGGUUACGGGGCGCCGCUCAUUAUCGUCAUCGUGUCCGCCAUCAUAAGACCAGAGGGCUACGGCACCGACCGGCACUGCUGGCUGUCUCUGCAGGACGGGCUCAUCUGGAGUUUCUUCGGCCCCGUGUGCUUCAUCAUCGUGUUAAAUGUCUUCUUUUUCAUCGUCACCGUCUGGAAGCUGGCCCAGAAGUUCACCAGUCUCAACCCAGACCUCACCAAACUGCAUAAAAUCAAGGCUUUCACAGUGACAGCCAUCGCCCAGAUGUGCAUACUGGGUCUGAUGUGGGUGUUUGGGGCCUUUCUGUUUCAAGAGGGCACCAUAGUGGAAGCAUACAUCUUCACUAUCCUCAACAGCCUGCAGGGAGCGCUGGUGUUCAUUAUGCACUGCCUGCUGUCUAAACAGGUGAGAGAGGAGUACGCCAAUUUCCUCUCUUGUAUCUGCACAUCAGAGAAGAAGAGGUACUCCGACUUCACCAGCACCAAUCGCUCCAACAGUCAGUCACAAGGUUCUCGGAGUGGGCAGCACACCGGAGAAUCACAAAUAUGAAGCGUAUGAGUUUUUCUACCCCAAAAACAAUCUGUCACACCUUUUCCAUACCAAGUUAUCCCUGGUUUUAAAGUUUUGGAAGACUUUUGGAAGUCACUUUUUUCUCAUUUCAGUUUUGUUGUGCUACUGUGCCAACUGUCCCAUGGUACCGGUAAUCUGGGAGAAAGCAGAAGAUAAUUCAGUAUAUUAUCAGUUCAUCAAAAACAUAUCAUUAUGUAAAGGUUUCCCUUCAAGGAUUCAAAGUGACAAAAAUACACUGAUGUGGAGUAUUUAAUUGCAGCGUGACGAGUGAUGCUCUUUGCUGUAUAUGUGCAAUCACUCUGUGCUGUAUUUUCUAUAAACGUCUCAUGUACUAGACUAGGGGUGGGUUGGCUUUUUACAAUUGUUUUCCAUUUACUGUAUUUGAAUGUAAAAGAAGGAACUGACUUUUAUCAUUUGUGGCCAUUGUGAUAUUGUUUCUUGCAAAUAAUUUUCAUUUGAUCUGUGCCUUUUGUCACCGGGGUUUAUAAAGAUAUAUUUUUUCCCUUUGGAAAAAAAUAAUUCAGCCCCAAAAUAGCUGUUUUGGAAAUUCCCCAAAGCGACCCACCCUUUUGAUAAGCCUGCAGCUUCCUGCAAUCAAACUGUGUUUGGGAAUAAAAUUCCAUUUAGUUGUGUUUUUCUUAUUACAGCUCUUAGUCAAUGUCUCCAUAGAUUGUUGGUGACUGUAACUUGUCGCAUUCCCUGAAAUGAGAGCUUCCAAAUGUUUUGAUGAGGUCUAUGGGAGAUGUUCAGUCCUUGGUAUGUUUAUGUUUUUGCACUUUUCCUUUUAAAAAAGAGAUAAUCCAGCACAUCUUCAACAAUCAACUUGAGCCUCACUCAAAGGACCUGAACACUUUAUUUGGUGUAAAAAUGCUGUCAUAUUUUUAAUAUUUUAUGGAAAGAGAGGUUUUUUGUAAAAACAUUUUUUGUUUCUGUCUCCCUUUCUCAUCUGCACGCCUGAUUGAGACCACUUAUGUGUUGGUUUGACAGAUAAACUGUUCUUAGGUUCUUGUGGCUGCACCCUUGUGACCAGCAGCACAGUUUAAUAAAGUAUUGCAUAAUGUAUUUCCAUGAGAAAAAGCUAUGUGCAUUGUGCAGAAUGUUGUGAAUGUAAAUCCUUUUUUUUUUAGAUUGGCCUUCUAUAGGUGUUUUAGCUUGAAGGUGUACAAACUUAUUUUUCUACUUUGUUAUAUUGUAUGUCGUUUGGUACUGUUUUCUUAAAUCCACCAUAAUUUUUAUUAAAGCUUCUAUUUCAUCGAAAAAAAUCUGUACAGCGUUUGAUGAGCCUCAGUGUGAAAGUGAUGGGCAGAUAGAUAGAUGGAGGAUAGACAGCCCACUUACUGCUGCAUCACAGCCAGCACACAAUGGGAAACCUCAUGUGACACUGCAACAUAUCUGUGGUGGAUUGUGACAUCACAGAUAUAAGUCACUCAAAUAACAUUUAAAUGCAGCACAAUUUAUGACUC